CAAAAUUUGACAGCAACCACGUAUAGGGCACAAGGAAAGCUCCGCAGCUCUACAGAGAUCCAGCAGACCGGCCGGCAAUGGCGUCCGCGACGGCGGCGAAAGACGCGACGCCGGCGCUGGCGCCGGCCGCUGGCGGUCCGCAGCUGAAGCUGCUGGUGGACAAGCGGUCGCGGCGCGUGCUGUACGCGGAGGCCCGCAAGGACGCGGUGGACUUCCUGAUCGGCCUGCUGCGCGUGCCCGCGGGCCUCGCGGCUCGCGCGCUCGCCAAGCACGGCGAGCGCGCGCCGGGGUCCCUGGGCUCGCUCUACGCGGGGGCGCGCGACCUGGACGACGCGUUCUUCGCCUCCGCGCCUCCGGACCGCGACGCGCUCCUCAGCCCCGCGCUCCCCUCCGCCGCGGUCACGCUGCUGCUCGGCGAGGACGCGCUCCCGCCGCCGCCGCCGCCUCCCCCGCCGCCGCGGUACUUCCGGUGCUCCGCGUACGUGACCCCGUGCCGCGCGAACCCGACGAACGUGACGGACGUGUCGGGGACGCCGUGCCCCGCGUGCCGGCAGCCGAUGACCGUGGAGAUGCGGUGGGCGCCCGGGGACGCGCACGGCCGGCCGGCGCCGGCGCAGGCGCGGGAGGCCGGCGGGUACGUGAAGGAGGUGGUGACGUACCUGGUGAUGGACGACCUCACCGUCGCGCCCAUGUCCACCAUCUCCGCCAUCAUGCUGCUCAAGAAGUUCAGCGUCAAGGACUGCUCCGCGUUGGAGGAGAUGACCGUUGAGCUCGGCACAAAAGAGGCGGUGAUGCUCCUCAAGUCGUCGCUGCAGUCGUCGACGGCGCUGACUGAUGUCUUCAGCGGCGGCGUCUCCAUCGACAGGAUUGAUGGUUAAUGGUGUGUGCUCGAAUGGGGUGUCGUAGUACAUCGUAUAUAGCCGUCGGUUCAAUCUGUACAUAAGUCAUGCGAACAAGAUCAGAGCCGAUGCAACAACGAUCUACAACUCCAUUGAUAUGUAUACAGGACUAUUAUUUGAAAGAAAAGAUGUCCAGAGAUAAUGCGGCAAAAA